CCUUUCUCGCUCUAUCUCUUCCUCAUUCUCUCUCUGUCUCUCCCUCCCUCCCUUUGCUCUCUCUCUAUCUCUCCCUUUGCCCUCUAUCUCUCCCUUUGCCUCUCUCUCUCUUUGCCUCUUUCUCUCUCUCUCCAGCUCUCUAAAGCGGUAGCUAACAGAUUCGGGGGAGUUAAAAGGGAGUUCUUAUGAAAUGGAAGUGGUUUUACUGUGAAUAUUUGCACAUACUGACACACAUUUGCAUCAGUCUGCGGCCUGGACAUGCAGUAGUGAAGCAUUUUGAAUCAGGCUACUGUCUGGGCAUGCAGUAAUGUAACAGGUUUGCAUCAGGCUACUGCCUAGAUGAUAAAUGAAAUGCUUCUAUUGGUUGAAGGGCGGGACUUCUAACCUUUUGCCCACCAAUGGUCGUGAAGUGUGUUGAAAUUACGUUAAGUGCAGGAGAAAGUGGAGAAUUAUUAUUUAUUUAUUAUUAUUAUUAUUAUUUUCAAUUUCCACAAUAACGUUGCAUUAUUCUGUAGAACUCCUUCAGUAUCAGUAGAGAAAGAACAUUCAAGCAGUAAAGUUGGGACUUUCAAUCAAUAAUCAAUCAAUAACCAAGAAAAAACAAGGCUGAAAAGUCGAUUUGAUUCCACUUUGUUCAAGCUUUAAGCCCUCCUUCUGUCAACUAUUGAAUCACAAUUUAAACCGGACAGAAUAACAACCAUCCAAUAAUUGUUUUUAGCUGCAUUGGUUUGUUAGCCUAGCAACUCUUCUGGGGAUGGAAAGGCAAAGGAAGAGCCAAACUAUUGUCAACACGUACACACGAUUCAGCUGGGUUUUCUACACUGAUAGAUAAUGUAAACAUGCAUCAGGGAUACUAUUUAAAGCAGAUGAAGCAGUUAUAGCAUUAGUGAUAGCAUGCUAACAUGUCCCUCUCUCCUUCUGUGUGUCUUUGUCUCUAGCCCCCAGAUGCUAAGCUUUAGCAUGCUAACAUGUCUCUCUCCCUCUCUCUCUCUGUGACUUUGUCUCCGGCCCUCAGAUGCUAUGCUGUAGCAUGCUAACAUGUCACUCUCUCUCUCUCUCUCUCUGUGACUUUGUCUCCGGCCCUCAGAUGCUAUGCUGUAGCAUGCUAACAUGUCACUCUCUCUCUCUCUCUGUGACUUUGUCUCUGGCCCUCAGAUGCUAUGCUGUAGCAUGCUAACAUGUCGCUCUCUCUCUCUCUCUAUGUCUUUGUCUCUCGCCCGCAGAUGCUUGGAGCACUGACAACAUCGCCCAUCAAGGUGCCUCAAGUGAGCUCUCUGCACAGGCUGGCAGGACAAGCACCAACAGUGAUACCUCAGGUCAGGCCAAAGACCCAGAUCCCUGACAGCCUGCCCCACACCCCCUGCCAGGACCUCCAGCCCCUCAGCCUGCAGAAGGCCACCACCCUGUCGGGCCCCCGCAGCAAGGGCCCCGCCCUGCCCACCGCCAACUGCACCUUCAGCCCCGAGCACCGGUCCAACGGCGGCCCGGGAGACCCCUCGGCCCCCCCGGCUCCUCCUCCUCCUCCUCCUCCACCACCUCCUCCUCCUCCUCCUCCUCCUCCUCCACCUCCUUCAGCCCCGCCCGCCCCCUCCCACCUCCUGGUGCCCACCCCGGCGGCGGCGAAGGCCCAGGACCUGUCAUCGGGGGGGGGUCAGGACUCCAGCGGCGUCCCACCGAAGGCCAGCACCCCCGUGGGGCCCGGGGUGGCGUUGGCUCUCAUCACGACCUCUUCCUCCUCCUCCGCCUCCUCCUCCUCCACCUCCUCCUCCACCUCCCCCUCCUCCUCCUCCCGCUCCCCCGUGGUGGCGGUGACGGCCGCCAGUAACGGCGUGGCGGCGGUGGGAGAGGCGCUGGUCAAAGUGCAGCCGCUGCUGUUCAGCGCAGACAGCAAGGUCAUAAUGCUCCAGUCCCAGGCCCCCAGCCGCUCCCCACGGGCCCAGGCCAGCACACCGUCCCUGGGGGGCAGCCCGGCCCGGUCGCCCCCCACCACCCCCACCCCCGCCGCCCCCAAGAAGGACGAAGAAGACCCAGAGAAAAUUGCCUUCAUGGUUGCCCUCGGCCUAGUCACCACGGACUACUUGGAAGAGCUCCAGACCAAGAGACAGGAGAGGAAGAGGCGGAGCACAGCCAACCCAGCGUACAGCGGCCUGUUUGAGCCCGAGCGCAAACGACUUGCAUCAAACUACCUGAACAACCCCCUUUUCAUGUCACAAGACACAGAGGAUCUCUGCUGGAAGGAGGACUUGGAGCACGACGAGCACUGCUCCGUCUGCAAGGAGGAGGGUGAGCUCCAGCCCUGUCACAACUGCACCCGCGCCUACCACCCCGACUGCCUGCAGCCCCCCCUCAAAACCCCCCCGCGGGCCGCCUGGUACUGCCCCAAGUGCCAGAAGAAGGUUCUUAACAAGGAGAACAUGUCCUGGCCGCAGAACUUUGUCCAGUCCUACGUGACACACAAGACAGUGAGGCAGGAGGAGAAGAGGAGGCUUCUGAGGAGGAACACGGAGCUGAAGAAGGAGUGCGCUCACCUGGAGGAGCAGGACAAGAUGCUGAACAAGUCUCUCGAGCAGUGCAUGGACGUGCGGGAGCGCCUGCUGGGCCAGCAGCGCAGCACCCAGGCCUCCCUGGAGCGGGUCAAGGCCCUGAUCCGCCUCAUCCAGCGGGACCAGGUCCUCCAGGUCACCAUGACCGCCACCACCACCGCCAAGGCCCCCCUGCUCUCGCUGCCCUGGAUCAAGCCGGCCAGCGCCACCAGCACCACCACCAGCACCACCAGCAGCAGCAGCGGCGGCGGCGGCGGCGUCAGCGCCAACGCCGCCAUCACCCUGGGCCCGGCCACCGCCACCGCCAUCGCCUCGAUCCCCGUCGGACCCUCGGCGCUGCUCCAGAGGGGCCAGCCCCAGGCCCAGGGCAACAACUAGGGCGCGGAGCUGCCCGCUAGCUAGAGCGUAGCCGCCGCCGCGACGAGCUAGCUAGGGAGUAGCCUUGACGAGUGAGCUAGCUAGCUAGCUAGGAGAUUAACCGCAGCAGCCAACAGCAGCUUUGGCUCGUUGGCAGCGACUGCUAGCUGGUUAGAAGCAGCAACGGCUAGCUGGUGAGCAGAAGCUACGGCUAGCUGUUUAGCCGCAGCAACGGCUAGCUAGCUAGCUAGCAGCAGCAAAAGCAGACACGUGCAGCCGUCUCUGGUCUCAGCCAAAUGUCGAGGGAAAAGAUGUUUUCUUUCUUUUUCUAACACAUACGAGAUACCAUCGUUGCCACCGAAUAAUACCGACCCAUUUUUUCAUCUUCAGAAGUGUCAUGGAUUAAAACAAAAAAGCAACAAGAUAACUUUUAACAAAAGAGAGCCUAUAUCCUCCACUCAGUCCAUGAUAUAGUAUUUUUUAAACCCAACACCUACAGUGCUUACGAGAUUUCUUUUUUUAAUUAUUUAUUUUCUAUUUAUUAACGUUCUUGGCCUUAAUGUAUUUAUUACAAGAAUUUAAGAUUUACCACGCUGCCACAGGAAGUUGUGGACAAAGUAUUUCGCCGCAGCCCAAAUAUAUUUCCUCUUACAAAAGAAAAACGACGAGAAAAAAAAAUGCGAAGAAAAAAAGAGAAAAAAAAACCCGGAAAAAAAACAAACACA